AUGGAACUUGAAAAGACUCACUUAAUAAAUUACUUUUUGGAAAUAUGCCCAACUGUUUUAGAUUGUUCUAGGAAGGAGUUACAAUCAGUUUUAGCAAAAAAGGAAGAAGAAAAAAUACGAAGAUUUGUUUCAGAUAAAAAUGUAAAUUUGAUUGUGAUAGGGAAAGAAAGAAAAGAAGAAAUUGAGAAUGAAGAACUUGAAAAAACUAGCAAAAUAGGAAAUGACCAUGAAGAGGAGGAAGACACAAAAUUAAAUAUCGAAAAUGUAUCUAGUUAUAUGUUAUUUGUUGAAUUAAAUAUAAAUUACAAAUGUGUUACUAAGAGUGUUGCAAUUGCAUUCAUGAAAAGAAAUAAAGAAACUUUUUUUGCAUUAAAUGAUAAAAUAGACAAAGGCAAUAAAAGAAAUUUAUCUAAUAAAUUAUUAAUGUUUGUAUGUGGACAAAACGACUGUAAUACGCCUUUAGAUUUAGUUUAUAUAUAUUUAUCUCAAGGAUUCAAUACAAUAUUUGAUGCAGCUUCAUAUGCUUCUCAGGAUACAGCUCUAAGUGAUUUUCCACAAUCAGGUUACUCAAAAAAAGACCUAGAAUAUAAUACGUCUAGUGGAGCUAUUUCUUCGACAGCUGGAAUUAUAGGAGGUAAUAAAUAUAUGGGAUAUGAAGGAGAAAGUAAAAUAUCUAAUAUUUUAAUGACAAAUGUGUCUAAGAAGCUAAAUGAAUUACUUAUAUCUAUGAAGAAUGCACAAAUCGAUUUAAACAUCCCAUUUAUAAAUAUAUGUGUGGACAGAAGAAUAAAAAAAUUAGUAGAGGAGAAUCCAAAUAUAGAGGAAUUAAAAGGAGAAAAAUUAAAAGUAUUAUGUGAAUCCAAUGAAUUUUUGAAUCAAUUACAAAAAGAUGUAACAAAAUGGGUAGAAGAAAUACAGAAAUUAACUAGACUUAAUGGAGAAUUUAAAAGUGGAAGUGCAUUAGCUGAAAUUAAUUUCUGGAUAGGUUAUGAAAAUGCUUUAUCUCAACUUGAAAAACAACUGAAAACACCUGAAGUUCUUUUAACAUUACAUAUAUUAAAAAACGCAAAGAGAUAUUUUGCAACUAUGUCUUUUGAUAGUGAUAUACAACUAAAACAAUCAAAAGAAUAUGUUUUAAAUGUUAAUAUCUUAAUGAGAGAUUUUCCAAUAGAUGAUCUUCUAGGUGCACAAAGUGUUCAGCAAAUUAUUCAAGCUAUAAGAAACAUUUUUAAUCAUUUAAAAAAAUUAAAAAAUACUACAAAAUAUCCCUUAUCUAGAUCUUAUAAUUUUGUAGAAUCAUUAUCUAGAGAUUUAGCUACUACCAUGAAGAAAGUACUAUCACCUCAGUCUUUACUAAGCAUGGAUUAUCAAGAAUUCGACGUUCUUAUUUCAGGUUGUAUGGAAGUGUUUCGUUUAUGGAAUGAUGAAAUUAGAAUAUUUAAAGACAUGGUAAGAGAAUUAAUAAAAAAGAGAAGUUUUAAUGAAAGAGCACCUGCUAAGAUGUCCUUUGAGCACAUAAAUCUUCAAGAAAGAUUAGAUGAAAUAAGAAAAUUUAGAAAACAGCAUCAAAAGUUCAAAAGUGUCAUAACAAAAGUAUUUGGUAAUGAUAAAAGUAUAGGCAUAAAUUUACAUAAGGAUAUUAGCACAGCUUAUAGUGUAUUUGUGCCCCUAGAUGCACUUGAUUUAUCACAGACAGGAGAAGAUUUAUGGGAAAAAGCGAAAUUAUCUUAUGAAUCAAAAAUUAACAGAGUAGAAUCACAAAUUACAUUCAAACUAAGAGAUCAAUUAGGAGGAGCAAAAACAUCUACAGAAAUGUUUAAUGCAUUUUCAAAAUUCAACCCUUUGUUUUUUAGACCCAAAAUUAGAGGAGCUAUUCAAGAAUAUCAAAACAGUUUGAUACAAAUAGUUGUGGAUGAUUUAAGGAAAUUACAAAUGAUAUAUAUCAAUGGUUAUAUAAAAAGUGACUCUGAAAAAGUGUCUACAAUUCGUGAUAUUCCUUUAGUAGCUGGAUCCAUCAUUUGGGCUAAGCAGAUUGAAAGAAAAUUAGAAGAUUCGAUGAAAAGGAUAGAAAAUGUAUUAGGUAGAGGUUGGGAACAACACUCAGAGGGAAAAAACUUACGACAGAGUAUUGACAAUUUUAAGAAUUUAUUAUCACAAAAUAAGACUUUUGAAAAAUGGUUAAAGAAUAUUAAGAAUGCAGAUAAAUUUGAUAUGUAUGAAAAGAUAAUAAAAAUAAAAAAGUAUGGUAUAAACAAUUAUGAAAUUUUAGCAAAUUAUGAUUUUCAGUUUUUUAAUUUAUUUAAAGAAGUUCGAUAUUUACAAUCUAUUAAUUUAAGAGUGCCAUACUCUUUAAAAGUGAAAGCAGAUGAAACUAAGAUGAUCUAUCCCUAUGCUCUAACUCUACAAAAAACAUUUAGGAAUUAUAUGAAAAUUUGUCUUUUUAUGGAAAAUGAAGCUAAAUCAUCACCUUUUAAUGCUACUUUAAGCAAGUUAGUGGCUUCAAUACAUAAUAGCGUUCAAGCUAAGAUUAAGGAAGGAAUAAAUUUGCAUUGGGAUUCAGAUAUAUUAGAAACAUAUGUGAGGAAGUUAUCAGAAAUAGUUAAUACUUUCGAAUCCAUGGUUGAUGAAGCCGUGAGGAAGAAUAAUUUUGUUUUAGAUACUCUUGAAAAAAUAAGAACGUGUGAAAUAACUACAGUUGAAGAAAAUGAAAUUAAAAAAUAUAUAGAAUCAAUUCAAGAAAAAGCAGAUGAGCUGUAUCUUGAGCAUUACAAAAACGUGCACCUAUGGAUUGAAGAGCUUACCAUAAUUUUAAACAAGAUUCUAACAGAGCGACUUGAAGAGAUAAUAAAAACAUGGAUACAUGAAUUUAUAACUUGGCCUACCAAUAAUAAGGAGAAAAAAUUUAUACUAAAAGAAAGUAUUCACGAGUUUAAAAUAAUAAAUCAAAAAUUUUAUUUACACCCAUCCGUUGAUUCUAUGAGACAAAUAUGGUAUUCUAAGUUAUCUGAGUCUAUAAAUAUUAUCUGUGGAAUCACUAGGGUUAAAAGCAUAUAUCAAAAGAAAGACAAGACAAAAGAAACAAUGCAAGUAAAAAAUGAGAAAGAGAAUGCCAUUAUUAAUGAUGUCAUAUUAGAUAAUACUUAUAGGCAUAUAAUGUAUUUUAUAGAUAAAAAUAUAUAUGAAAAUGCCAUAACAUGUAUUAAUGAUACUGUGGAUAGAGCAAGGAAGUACGAAUCUAUAUGGUUACAAUAUAGGACUUUAUGGAAAAUUGAAAUUGAGGAUAUUAUAACAACAUUUGGUGAAGAUAUUCAAACAUGGAAAACAUUUAUGAAUGAAAUUAAGGAAACAGAAAAUGCAUUUGAUACAUUAGAUACUGAAAAGAACUUUGGUCCAAUAGUCAUAGAUUACAGAAUACUUCAAUCUAAGGUUAGUUCGAAAUUUGAAAUUUGGCAAAAGGAAAUAGUUUCUGAAUUUUCUAAAAAGUUAUUAGAAAAAAUAAUCCUUUUAAAAGAAGAGGUAGAAAAGGCUUUAAACGAACUGAAUAAUCAGUCUGAAUUAACGAAUGACUCUGAAAUUACAGCUAUGCAUAUUUUAUCUAUGACACCUACAGAUAUCAUUGCUAUAAUAAACUCAAAUGAUAUAGAUAUACUAUCUAGAAUAUGUAAUAGUAUAUACAAUUUUGUAGAAAAAAUAAAUGAAAUUAAUAAAAAAGAACUAGAAUGGGAUAAUAAAUGUAACAUAUUGAAGCAAAGUGAAGAGUUGUUGGAAAAACAAAGAUAUGCGUUUCCUACCAAUUGGUUAUAUAUAGAUAAUAUAAUUGGAAAAUUAGAAACAGUUAAACAACUUUCAAGCUAUCAGAUAAAAUUAGUUAGGGAUUAUUUUCCAUAUAUACAAGGUUUGGUCUUAGAAUAUGAUACAAAAGUACAGAAUAGUAUUAAAGUGUUAUUCGAGGAGUGGAAUAAAAAUAAGCCUUCUCAUGGAAACACAAAUAGCGUAAAAGCUUUACAAAUAAUUAACACCUUUGAAGGUAGAAUUGAUGUUACUAAUGAACAAUAUGAAAUAUCAGAAAAAAUACGUAAAAUAAUGAACAUAGGUAGUGAAGAAACAGAAAAUGGUUUUCAUGUAUCUCCUAAUGUUUUAAAAGAAGAAAUUGUUUGUAUUAAGGGCAUAUGGGACGAAUUAAAAAUUAUCUAUUCCAAAAUAUCCGAUAUGAAAAAAAUGGUAUGGUCUACUGUAGAUCCUAAAAAUAUUAGAAAUAUUUUAAAUAGUUUAUUAGACUCUAUAAAGAAAAUACCAGCCAAGUAUCGGCAGUACGAAAUAUUUGAUAAUGUAAAAGUUGAAAUGCAACAGUAUUUAAAAACAAAUAAUCUGUUACUAGAUUUGAAAUCAGAAUGUUUGAAGGAAAGACACUGGAGAUUAAUACUUCAAAAAUUACAGAUUAAAAUAUAUUAUAAUAAGUUAACCCUAGGUAAUUUAUGGUCUCUUAAUUUAAGUAUUCAUGAAAGUAGUUUAAGAGAAAUACUAAAUCAAUCUCAGGGAGAAAUGGCAUUGGAAGAAUUUCUAAGAGGGUUAAAAGAUACAUGGAACGAAUAUGAAUUAGAACUAGUUCAAUAUCAAAAUAAAUGUAAACUAAUAAAAGGAUGGAAUGAUAUAUUUUCCACUAUUGAUGAUCAUUUGAAUGCGUUACAAUCAAUGAAAAUAUCACCUUAUGUAAAAAUAUUUGAAGAGGAAACAUUAACAUGGGAUGAUAAAUUAAAUAGAUUGCGAAACGUAUUAGAUGUGUGGAUGAAUGUACAAAGAAAAUGGGUAUAUUUGGAAGGAGUAUUGAAAGGCUCAUCAGAUAUAAAAUCAUUGUUGCCACAAGAAUAUAACAGAUUCAAAGUUAUCGACACAGAUUUUACUAAUAUUAUGAAAAAGACCUCUGAAAAACCUAAAUUAUUAGAACUUGUUCAAAUUGAUGGAUUUCAAAAACGUCUAGAUCGAUUAUUUGAUUCUUUGUCUAAAAUACAAAAGGCGUUAGGUGAGUAUUUGGAAAAACAAAGAAACCAAUUUCCAAGAUUUUACUUUGUUGGAGAUGAAGAUUUACUAGAAAUGAUUGGUAAUUCUAAAGAUGCUAAGGUAAUACAAAGAAAUGCAAACAAAAUGUUUGCAGGUAUUAGUUCUUUCAUCAUAAAAGAAAACACAAAUGAUGUAAUUUUAGGAAUGUCUUCGAGAGAAGGGGAAGAAGUACUUUUUAAAGAACCAAUUAAUAUAGGAACUUAUAAAUCGUUAAAAGAUUGGUUAAUAACGUUAGAAACGUAUAUGAAAAUUACUUUGAAAAGUUGUUUAGAUCAAGCAGCAAAAGAAAUUCUAGAAAUGGAUGUACUGGAAUGUACUAACAAAAGUGGAAAUAUGAAAAUUCUGGACUGGUCAUCAAAAUAUCCGAAUCAAAUAGUUUUGUUAUGUUUGCAGAUUUUAUGGACCUCUAAUAUUGAGAAUGACUUACAAAAUUCUUUAAGAAAAGAUGGCUCAAUUAAUGAAAAGAAUAUAUUUGAAAAGAGUGAAAAAAUAUGUGUAAGCCUUUUGGAAUUUUUAGCUGUAAAUGUUGUCAAGCAAAGAGAUCAUAGAACUAGACAAAAGAUUGUUCAAAUGAUAACUGAGUUAGUACAUCAAAGAGAUGUAAUUCGUAUACUAAUAAAAAAGAACGUUAAAAAUGUUAGUGAUUUUUCUUGGUUACAAUUUAUGAGAUUUUAUUGGGAUCCUAAUAAAACAAAAAGUAAUGUUAAUUUAAUUAUAAAAAUGGCAGAUGCAACUUUUGAAUAUGGGUAUGAAUAUUUAGGUAUGUGCGAAAAAUUAGUUCAAACUAAAUUAACGGAUGCAUGUUUUUUAACCUUAACGCAAGCUUUGAAAAUGAAAUUGGGAGGUAAUCCUUUCGGACCUGCAGGUACAGGGAAAACUGAAAGUGUGAAAGCAUUAGGUGCACAGUUAGGAAGAUAUGUACUUGUUUUUAAUUGUGAUGAAUCAUUUGAUUUCACUGCUAUGGGUAGAAUAUUUGUUGGCUUAUGUCAAGUAGGUGCUUGGGGAUGUUUUGAUGAAUUUAAUAGAUUAGAAGAGAGAAUAUUAUCAGCUGUUUCUGAGCAAAUUUUAACAAUUCAAACAAGUUUAGCUCAAAGAAAAAACGAAAUUGAAAUUCUGAAUAAAAAAAUAGGAUUAAACAAAAAUGUGGGUAUAUUUGUUACUAUGAAUCCUGGUUAUGCUGGCAGAUCUAAUUUACCCGAUAACCUAAAACAGCUGUUUAGAAGUUUCGCUAUGAUAGAACCAGAUAAGCAACUAAUUGUUCAAGUGACCUUAUUUUCGCAAGGUUUUAUUAGUGCUGAACAUUUAUCAAGUAAAAUUGUUUCUUUAUUUGAUUUGUGUUCUGAGCAGUUGUCUAAGCAACCGCACUAUGACUUCGGGCUGAGAUCUUUAAAAAGUGUUCUCAACUCAGCGGGAAAUCUAAAGAGGUUGGCAUUGUUGGAAAAUACACAGAAUGGUCCUUCUAUUGGAAGCGGUUUAUGUGAUAAUGAUAGAGAUGAAAGAAAUUGUGGUAAAAAAGAUGUUACAAAGGGGAGUGCGGGUGAAAAUAUAGGCGAUAAUGCAGUUAAAGCAGAAGAUGUAGAUAUAAGCAGCGAUUCCAAGGUACAUACCUCCAUAGAAAGUAUAAUUGCAAUGGAACAAACAUUAUUAUUGAAGUCUGUGUGCGACACAGUAUACCCAAAAUUAGUAUCAAGUGAUAUUCUCUUAAUUAAAAGUUUACUAUCCGGUGUAUUUCCAAAUGUAAAUAUAGGUGUGUUUGAGGAAAGAGCAUUGCUUAAUGAAAUACACCGCAUAUGCAAAUUAAGAUUUUAUACACCAGAAGAAAGAUGGGUAACUAAAAUUUGUCAGAUAUAUCAAAUAAUGAAGUUACAACAUGGAAUAAUGUUAGUUGGUGAUGUGGGAACAGGUAAGAGCAGUGCAUGGAAAACACUUUUAGAUUCGUUGGAAGCAUUAGAUAAUAUAAAAGGUGUAAGUUAUAUUAUUGAUGCAAAAUCUUUGGAUAAAGAAGAAAUUUAUGGAAAAUUAGAUAAUAUUAAUUUAGAAUGGACUGAUGGUGUUUUUACAGCUACUUUAAGAAAAAUUCUUUACAAUUCUGCAGAAGUAGGAAAUAUAUGUAAAAGGCAUUGGAUUAUUUUCGAUGGGGAUGUUGAUCCAGAAUGGGCAGAGAACUUAAAUAGUGUUUUGGAUGAUAAUAAAUUAUUAACAUUACCAAAUGGAGAACGUUUACCUAUACCUGAAAAUGUAAAAAUAAUUUUUGAAGUAGAUACACUAAAACAUGCAACAUUAGCUACUGUUAGUAGAUGUGGAAUGAUAUGGUUUUCUAGGGAUAUGUUAUCUCCCAUAUUACUUUUUAAGCAUAGAUUAUACAAGUUAAAAUAUGGUAAUAAUAAGCAUUACUCUCAUAAAAUGGACAGAUUUAAGAGUUUCCUUAUGACAAAUAAUAAUGAUAAUUUAGAUUUAGAGGACAGUAGUACACAUAUAAAUGAUUCGAUAAUCCAUCCAACCUCUAAAAGUUCGCUUAGUAGCAAUGAAUAUUAUAAAAAUAGUGAAACUAUAAUGGAUAGUAUAAGAAAGAAUUCUAGAAUAUUCUUUGACGAUGAUAAUGAGGAUGACUUAAAUUCAUGUAAGUUAAAAUCUAUUGCUUAUAGAGCUAUUGAUCUGCUUAGUGAAUACUUUGAAGAAAACGAAUUUGUGCAUCAAUGCCUUCUGUAUGCAAAAAAUUUUGAACAUGUGAUGGAUUAUGAAUAUAUAAGGGUUAUUGAAAGUACUUGUUUACUAUUACAAAAAGGAAUUAACAAUUUAGUUGUUAAAUAUGGAAAAUAUAAUAAUACAUUAGCAGAUAAUGAUAUAGAAAAAUAUAUAUCUAAAUGGUUGGUAGUGAGUAUAUUAUGGGGGAUAGGUGGUUCUUUAAAUCUUGAAUCAAGAGAAAAAUUUUCAAUGUAUGUUCAGUCCAUUUGUUCAAUUUCGUUACCUGCAGAUUUGUUGACGAAAAAUGGUAUAAAUGAUAUGGAUUCUUCAAAUGUGCCUAAGACAUUGUUAGAUUUUGAACCUAGUAUUGAAGACGGAGAAUGGUAUAAUUGGAAAGAACGAGUUGAAAUGAUAGAUGUAGACAGAACAGAGGUAUCCGAUGCAACUCUUGUUAUUGAAACUAUGGAUACAAUAAGGCAUGCAACUAUUUUAGAAGGGUGGUUGAAUUUAAAGAAACCAUUUAUUUUAUGUGGUCCACCAGGUUCUGGUAAAACAAUGACUUUAACUUCAGUUUUAAAAAAAUCAUCUGAAUAUGACAUAGCUGCAUUAAAUUUCUCCUCUGGUUCAUUACCUAAUUUAUUAUUACAAACAUUUGAUCAUUAUUGUGAAUAUGUUAAGACAAAAAGUGAGCUAGUUUUAAGGCCUCUGCAACCGGGGAAAUGGCUUAUUAUUUUCGCUGAUGAAAUUAAUUUGCCUACACCUGAUAAAUAUGAUACACAAAGAAUUAUUAUGUUCAUGAGGCAAAUAUACGAGUCUCAAGGGUUUUGGAAAUAUGAUGCUAACAACAAUCAUUGGAAUUGGGUUAAAAUUGAAAGGAUAACUUUUGCUGGUGCUUGUAAUCCUCCAACAGACGCAGGUCGAAAUCCGUUAAGUAAUCGAUUUUUAAGACAUACUGCAGUACUAUAUGUAGAUUUCCCAGGUUAUGAAUCAUUGAAGCAAAUAUAUGGUACAUUUAAUAGAGCUAUUCUUCGAAAAUUUCCUGAAUCUUAUCAUAUGGCUGAUAACUUAACCCUUGCUAUGGUUGACUUUUAUAUCAAAUUUUCGGAAACGUUUACUGUUGAUAUGCAGCCUCAUUAUAUAUAUAGUCCUAGAGAAUUAACAAGGUGGAAAUUGGCUUUAUAUGAAACUUUAGAAAAAUGUGAUAAGUUAGAGAAAAGAGAUUUAAUACGAUUAUGUAUUUGUGAAGGAUUAAGGAUUUUUCAAGAUAGACUUAUUUAUAAAAAAGAAAAAAAACAAACAGAUAGAAUUAUUGAUGAUAUAUUCAAAUAUUGUUUUCCUGGAAUUACCGAUAGCGAUUUGGAUAGGCCAAUUUUAUAUAGCUCUUAUGUGCAAAAUAAAUAUAUGGAAAUAGAUAAAAAGGAAUUAAAAGAAUUAAUACAAGGGAAAUUGAAAAUUUUUAAUGAAGAAGAAAUAAAUGUUCAGUUAGUUCUUUUUGAUGAUGUAUUAGAUCAUAUUAUAAGAAUUGAUAGAGUUUUAAGAUUACCACUAGGACAUCUACUCUUGGUUGGUGCAUCUGGGGCAGGAAAAACUAUAUUGUCAAGGUUUGUUUCAUGGAUUAAUGGACUGUCUGUUUUUCAAAUUAGGGCUGGAAAAAAUUAUUGCACUGAAACGUUUGAAGCUGAUUUGAGAAAUGUAAUGAAACGGGCUGGGAUAAAGGAAGAGAAAAUAACUUUCAUAUUUGAUGAGUCAAAUGUCUUAGGUCCUGCAUUCCUAGAAAGAAUGAAUGCAUUACUAGCUAGUGGAGAAGUACCUGGUUUAUUUGAAGGAGAUAAUUACACCGCUUUAAUAAACGAAUGUAAAAAUGCCUAUGGAUCAAAUGUGGGUCUAGAUGAAUCAGAUAUAUUUAAAAAGUUUACCAAACAAGUUCAACAAAAUUUGCAUAUAGUUUUUACAAUGAAUCCUGCAAAUCCAGACUUUGCAAAUAGGCAAGCAACGUCCCCUGCUUUGUUCAACAGAUGCGUUAUAGAUUGGUUUGGUGAUUGGCCUUACGGUGCUCUGUUACAGGUAGCUAGCGAAUUUAUUUUUAACCUCGAUUUGCCUGAUAAGAAUUUCCAUAUGGCAUAUAUUGAGGAUGUUGCUAUAAAGGGAAAGAUAAAAUAUAAGGAUAAUAAAUCCUACUUUUUAUCUAAAGCAAUAGUUGAAAUUCAUAAUUCUGUAGUACGAGUUAACAAUAUACUUAUGAAAAAAGGAAAUAAAUAUAACUAUAUGACACCAAGAGAUUUUCUUGAUUUUAUCAAACAUUUUUUGAAAAUAAUAGAUGAAAAAAAGGAGGAGGUUCACGGUCAGAAGAUGCACUUAAAUUCUGGUUUAAAUAAAUUAAAAGACACAGAAGUACAAGUUGCUGAGUUAAGAAACUCUUUAGCUAUAAAAAAGAAAACCCUUGCUGAAAAAGAUAUUGAAGCAGAGGAAAAAAUGAAAUUAAUGAUAGAACAACAAGCAGAAACAGAAGAUAAGAAAAAGAAAGCAGAAAUUUUAGCAAAAAAAUUAGAUGAACAAUUCAUAAUAAUUGAACAAAGAAAAGAAAUAGUGCGCAAGGAAUUAAGUGAAGUAGAACCCAAAUUUAGAGAAGCUGAAGAAGCUGUAAAAAAUAUUCCUAAGAAAAAUUUUGAUGAAUUAAGAGCUAUGGCGAACCCUCCUAUUCUGGUAAGAAAUGCAGUAGAAGCUGUAGCUAUAUUAAUUAUGAACGAAGGAGAUAAAAGUGUUACAUGGGAGGAUGCUAGAAAAAUAAUGAAGGGUCAAGAUUUUAUAAAUAAAGUUCUCUAUCUGGAUAAGAAAACUGUAAAAUCUCAAACAAGUGCACAAAUAAAAAAAAGAAUAAGUAAUAGUGAUUGGGAUGUUGAGAGAAUAAAUAAAGCGUCUAGAGCUGCAGGUCCACUAGCCAAAUGGGUUGAAUCUGUUAUUACCUUUUUAAAUAUAUUAGAAACGGUACAGCCAUUAGAAAAUGAAAUUGAAAAAUUACAAGAAGAAACAAAAAUUGCAGGAGAUCAGUAUAAUGAACAGAAGGAUAUAAUAUCGGAACUUGAAAAGAAAUUAGUACAAUAUAAAAAUGAUUAUGCUCAAUUAAUUAGUCAAGUACAAAAUAUUAAGCAGGAGAUGGAAAUAGUGGAAAAUAAAAUAAAAAGAUCUAUUAACUUAAUCGAAAACUUGAAAUCAGAAAAGGAAAGAUGGUCAGAAACAUUUAUUAAUUUAGAAGCAGCAUCAGAGACAUUUGUUGGUGAUUGUUUAAUAGCAGCGGCAUUUUGUGCUUAUAUUGGUUUUUUUGAGCAUUAUGAAAGGCAGAAAUUGAAAAAAACAUGGGGAGAAAUUAUAAAAAUGCAUAAUAUAAAACAUAGAUAUGAUUUGUCAUUUAUUGAAUUUUUAUCAAAGCCAUCUGAAAGGUUACAGUGGAUAGCAAAUGAAUUACCAAGUGAUGAUUUGUCCAUAGAAAAUGCCAUUAUUAUAAAUAAUUAUAUAAGGUAUCCUAUGAUUAUUGAUCCAUCAGAUCAGGCAACCACUUUUUUGCUUAAUCAAUAUGCGGAUAAAAAAAUAGUAAAAACAUCUUUUUCUGAUAAGAAUUUUAUAAAAAAUUUAGAGACUGCUUUGAGAUUUGGAUCAACAUUACUAGUAUAUGAUGUAGAAAAAAUUGAUGCUAUAUUAAAUUCAGUUUUAAACCAAGAAACGCAUAAACAGGGUGGUCGUUUAUUAAUUACUAUAGGAGAUUUGGAAAUAGAUUUUUCUCCAGUAUUUAAUUUAUUUUUAACCUCAAGGGAUGCACAUUUUCAAUUUACGCCUGAUUUAUGUAGCCGAGUAACUUUCGUAAAUUUUACCCUAACACCAUCUUCCCUUCAAAACCAGUGUUUAAAUAUGAUAUUAAAAAAUGAGAGACCUGAUAUAGACAAAAAAAGGUGUGAUUUACUAAAAUUACAAGGUGAAUAUAAAGUAAAAAUAAGAGAAUUAGAAGAAUCUCUACUAUUAGAAUUGUCUAAUGUGAAAGGGAAUAUUUUAGAUGAUGAUAAUGUGAUAAGCACUAUGGAAAAAUUGAAAGUACAAGCUGCUGAAGCAUCUAGAGAAGUAAAUAUAGCAGAAGAAGUUAUGGUGGAAAUUGAAAAUGUUAGCAAUCAAUAUUUAUUUUUAGCUCAAGGAUCAGCUAGGAUAUAUUUUAUUUUACAGCAUUUAUGUAGCAUCAAUUUUUUGUAUCAGUAUGAUUUAAAUUUUUUUUUUAAUUUGAUGAAGGAUAUGUUAAAUGACGAAGAGUUUUUAUCAAAAGUAAAGAAAACAGAUUAUGAGGAAAGAUUAAAAGUUUUAGAGCACUUAUUAUUUCGCUUGACAUAUAAUCGGAUUUCCAGGGGAUUAUUACAAGAGGAUAGAUAUGUAUUCGCUCUUCAUUUAUGUUAUGUAAAAAGUAUAAUAAAUCCUACUAUAUAUAUAGAUAUAGACCAUUUGCAUUUUUUAUUAAAAGAUCAUUAUUCUAAUCAGAAAAUGAGACAAGUAACUAUGGAUAAAAAAAUUGAGAAAAGCUUACUACCAGAAUAUAAUGAUGAACAAUUAAGCACUUUAAAUAAAUUAAUACCACACAAAUCAUUUACGAAUUUGAAAAAGUCUAUAGAAAAUAAUAAAGAUAAAUGGAUAAAUCUGCUGCAUUCAACAGAUCCAGAAUGUCUAAUAUCAUCUAUAAUUAAUGAUAAAGAGAGUGCUUUAGGUAAUGAUGAUAAUGAUGAGGAGGAGGAUGUCAGUGAUAAGGGCAAUAAUAAGCACGAAUCAGGAGAGGCAUUACACAGAAAUAUAGAUCCACAUUUCAUGAGUAAUUUUCAAGAUUCGAACAAUAUCUUGUUUGAUAUAAAAAAAAAUUCGGAAAAAGAAAAUACCAUUUCGACUUGUUUAAAAGAGUCCUUAAUAAUAAAGGCUAUAAGACCUGACAAACUAGACAAGUGCUUCAAUAAACUUAUAAAUAUUAUUUUAGGAAAGGAUUUUCUGUGGAUACCUGAAUUAUCUACAAACGAUUUUGAAAAAUAUGUAAAGGAAAAUGCAAAUGGAAAUACACCAAUUGUGCUAAUAAGCUCCCCUGGAUUUGAUCCUAGUAAUAAAGUACAUCAAUUAAGUGAAAAAUGCAAAAUGUCUUUGUUUUCAAUUGCCAUGGGAUCUGAAGAAGGAUACAUUUCGGCGGAAAAAAUAAUAUCUUCAGCUCAAAAAAAUGGGGGAUGGGUUCUUUUAAAAAAUAUACAUUUGUCUCCUAAAUGGCUACAUGAAUUAGAAAAGAACAUACACAAAGCUACAACAAACAACAAUUUCCGUUUAUUUUUAACAAUGGAAAUGAACCCCAAAAUACCUCAAAAUUUACUGCGCAUAUCACUAACUUUUAUGUUUGAACCUCCAGUAGGUAUUAAAUCAUCUAUAUUAAGAACCUUUUCUUUAUUUUUAGAAAAUAGGGAUACAGGGGAUCCAAAAAUAGCAAGAAUACGAUUAUACUUUAUUGUUUCCUUUUUGCAUGCAAUAAUUUUAGAAAGAAGAAGGUACACACCCAUUGGUUGGACUAAGAAAUAUGAAUUUAGUGACUCCGAUUUAACAUGUGCUUUAUCUGUUGUAGAUAGUUGGAUAGAUCGAUCAGCAACAAAAAUAGGAAAAAAUGUCAGUGAACAUAUAGAUCCGUGUAAUAUUCCUUGGGAUGCUAUAAAAAAAAUAUUAAAUGAAGCAAUAUAUGGUGGACGAUUAGAUAACAUGGUAGAUUCUAAAGUAUUAGAUACUUUCAUUAAUCAUUUGAUGAAUCCUAAUUCGUUCGAAGCUGAUUUCAAAUUAAAUAUUUGUAAUAGUUUGUGUGAUAAAGAUUUUUUACAAUCUCCUGAUUUGUUCAGAAAAUUAACUGAUUAUAUAAAAUGGACAAAUAAUAUGAGUAACACAGAUUUACCUUCGUGGCUAGGGUUUGGUCAGCAGGCGGAAGGGUUGUUAACAACGAGAACUAACUUUAGCAUUAUAAGUAAAUGGAAUAUUUUAUAUAGUAAAAGUUGCGCAGAUAUUUAUGAACCUUUACCCCAUACUUCCUUAACGAAAUUGUUUGAUGAAGACGCAAAUGUAAGCGUGGGAUUGUAUAUAAAAUCAAGAAAAAAAAAAAAAAAAAAAAAAGAACAGGAAGAAGUAGACAUAGAAUUAAAAGACGAAACAAAUAAGGGGGGGGCAGGAAUCAAAUUAGGGGAGAAUAUUCUUUCCUCGGAUGAAAAUGACGGAACCGAAAAUGAAAAUUCAGAAUCAUCCAUUACAAGUAAAUCCAUGAACAUCUACUCACAGAAUGAAAACGUUUUACUUAUUGAACAAAUAUUACAAAGUUUACCAGAGGAUAUACCAGAUUUACAAAAAAAUGAAGAGAAUAUGAGCAAUGCUGUUUUCAGAUGUUUCGAGAGAGAAAAUAAUCUAUUUAAUAAUCUACUAAAAAUAAUAAGAGGUAAUUUAAAUCAAUUAAAAAACGUUUUACAAGAAAAAUUAAAGUAUACAAAUAAGUUAAGAACAUUAGCAAAAGAUAUAAAUUCUUUUAAUGUCCCAUCUAGUUGGUUACUUCACGGAAAUACAACAAAUCAGAAUCUAACUAAUUGGUUACGGGAGCUGAUUAACAGACUAUAUCAAAUUAUAGUUAUAACUACAGAACUUAAUGAGGCUAAGUAUACUAAUACAUCGGAUAAACAAAAUGCUCAACAAGAAAGAAAUAUGAUGAAAAGUCGUAAAAGUAUCGACUUAAAUUUGCAGUCAUUUCACAAUAAAAAUAAGGAUACUAUAUCAUCUCAUUUUAAAUUAGAUAAAAAAUUAUCCAUUAAUUUUAUUUGGUUAGGUGGGCUGUUUUAUCCAAGGGCAUUUAUUACAGCAACUCGGCAGUUGUCUGCUUAUAAAUUAAAAAAUUCUUUAGAUGACUUGGAAUUAUCUGUACUUAUUGGAAAUAACGCAACACAAAAAUAUGAUGAUACGAUUCAUUUUACUAUAACUUGUUUAUCUACUGAGGGGGCACAAUGGAGUGACACAGAUAAAUGUCUGUUGUUGAGCGACGAGUUGGCCGUAGAUUUACCCCCUGUAACGCUGACUUGGGGCAAAAAAGAAGAUUCAAAAAAAAAGAUAAACGAAAGUUCGAAUUACAAUUUUAUGGAUUUACCAAUUUAUUUGGACAAAUCCAGAAACUCAUUUAUUGGAUUUUGGAAAUUUCCUGUCUCAAAGGAAGUUUCUGAGCAAAAUUGGUAUCAACGAGGAGUUGCUAUAUUUUUAUCAAAAACGUACUAA